AUGCCGCGCGCGCUCCCUCCCCUCUCCUCCCCCCACCACCACCACAAGAACCGCGUCAACACCACCUGCCAUUGCCGCGCCGAGCUGAGCCUCUAGCCGCGCCAGGAGGGCGCCCGCCUCUGCCUGCCUGCCUGCCUGCCUGCCUGCCGACAUCUUCGGUAGUUGAUGGAGUUGCACAAGUACUGGGGCGUCGGUGGCAGGCGGUGCGGCAGCUGCGAGGCGGCGCCGGCGGCGGUGCACUGCCGCUCGUGCCCCGCGGGGGGCGCGUUCCUCUGCACGGCUUGCGACGCGCGCCCGGGGCACGCGCGGCUCGCCCACGAGCGCGUGUGGAUGUGCGAGGUCUGCGAGCUGGCGCCCGCCGCCGUCACGUGCAAGGCCGACGCUGCCGUGCUCUGCGCCGCCUGCGACGCCGACAUCCACGAAGCCAACCCGCUGGCGCGCCGCCACGUGCGCGUCCCCGUCGCGCCCAUCGGAUCGGAGGCCGCGGCCGCCGCCGUCGAGGCCAUGCUUUUCGGGACCGCCGAGGCGGCCGCGUCCGAGGCCGAUGAGCCGCACAACGCCACGGCCGCGGCGGCGGCCGGGCACCAGCACCAGCACCACCACCAGCACCACGCGCUGAACCUCAACGUGGAGGCCAAGGACAUGAAGCUCGACUACCUCUUCUCCGACCUGGACCCCUACCUCAGCGUCGAGAUCCCGCGCUUCCAGCACGCCGACAGCGUCGUCCCCAACGGCGUCGGCGCCGGCGCCGGGGGUGCCAUCGAGCUGGACUUCACGUGCGGCAUCGGCGUCAAGCCCUCCUCCUACAGCUCCUACACGGCAACGUCCCUCGCGCACAGCGGCUCAUCGUCGGAGGUCGGCGUGGUGCCAGAGGCCUUCUGCGGCGGUGGCGGCGGGAGCUUCGAGCUCGACUUCACCCGGCCCAAGCCCCAAGCCUACAUGCCGUACACCGCGACUCCUCAGAGUCACAGCGUGUCGUCGGUUGACGUGGAGGUGGUGCCGGAGCGGGGGGACAUGGCGGCGGCGAGGCCGGUGCCGCUGAUGGGGGAGAGCCGGGAGGCGCGGCUGAUGCGGUACAGGGAGAAGCGGAAGAACCGGCGGUUCGAGAAGACCAUCCGGUACGCGUCCCGCAAGGCCUACGCCGAGACGCGGCCGCGGAUCAAGGGCCGCUUCGCCAAGCGCGCCGACCACGACGCCGACGCCGACGACGCUGAGGCCGAGGCCGCCGUGCCGUCGUCGUCGUACGUGCUCGACUUCGGCUACGGCGUCGUGCCAAGCUUCUGAUGAUGGCGACGGUCUCGGUCCACGGAUGGCCGGCCGGCGGCGCCGCGCUUGACCCGGCUCUCGAUGGCGCGCCAGCCUUGUACUUGUAUCGAUGUAUAGGGGAGGAAUAGUAAUCCCAUGUACUCUCUUUCUGCAUUGAGCUAGCCUUAAGUACGCUAGUGAUGUAUAAUUUGUAUACUACUGCUGCUGCUUACUAGUACUAUAUAGCAUGUUUUUGCUAGAAUUUGCCCUCGGUAUUUUUGAAUCAUAUAUCCCUGCAAGAAAUUUGCAGUAAUAUACAGAUGCUACUGAGGAGGAACGGCAAUCCAUUAUUAUGUUAAG